AUGGCGAUUAUCGUCGUUGCUCUCAAUAGCCCUGCAACACGUGUGUCGGCAUUCCCCAUGGUUUCGGCGUUGCUUCAAGCUGAUACAUCUUGCGUUCGCAAAGUGGUCCCCUUUGGAGGUGGCUGGAAGUUACAUGUGUCCUGGCGGAACGUGAUUACGCAUGAUGGCAUCGCAGAGCAGAAGAUCGGAGAGCUGGUUGCGAAAUUGGAGCCAAUUGGUGUCAUUUCGCUUCUGUCUCAAGCAGAACAUCAGAGCCGGCAGGUAGCAGACCAAAAGUUGAAGGAGGCGAAGGAGGAGCAGAUGACCCAUUUGAUUCCUGCAAAGCGGGCGGCGGAUCUGGCUACAGAGCUGUUGCAGUUGCGUGGUCGGCUAUUUGCUGCAGAGAUAUCAGAUUUGGUGGGCACCGCGCAGAAGAUGUCUGCGGCAGGGUUGAGGUUCCAGGCGUCGAGUGGCUUGGAGGCUAGCUCUACAGUUCAAGCUGAAGAUGACCAAGGUGACAAGUUUGAAGCUCGUUGGCGUGGUCGCACUUCGAGUCAUGUAGCCGCGAGCUUUGCGACACCGCCUUCCGCCUUUGACCUGAGAU